CCCACCCCAAUCUGCUUGGCGUUGCCCACCUGCUCUAACGGCGCCGUCUGUGCCGGUCCUCGCAGCCCACUACACCCAACACAGCUGCACUGUCAGUCCUCUAUCAUGUCGGCGGCCGCUCCCUUCCCUCCCCUCGCCGUCCACGACCACCGCCGCCCUUCGUACCCCGACGACAUGAGCUCCACCUCGUCGAGCUCGUCCGUCAGCGAACAGGACCAGCCACGCCACGUCGACGACGACCCCUCCAAGCUGUCGCGCCCGCGCCUCGGCAGCCGCAAGUCGAGCGGCACCAUAAUAAUACCGCGCGACAGCCCCCACGUCGAGCUCAAGGAGGAGGAGUACGACGACGGUGAUGCCCGCACCAUGAGCCCCCGGCGCAGCAGCGAAGAGAUUGAGAAGAUGGGCCAGGAGGCCCGCCAGGCCCUGAUAGACCCGCACACCUGGACCCCGACGCUGACCUUCGUAAGGCAAGCAAAAGCUCUGCAGGCCAGCCUGAUGGAAAUCGUGGACCGUGUCGAGAUCGUCAAGUCGGAGCACGAGAAACUCGAGGGCGGCAACAAGUUCCUUCAAUCAUAUAUUGGUGAGCUCAUGCAAACGAGCAAAAUCACUUCAGCAGGAGCCGGCAAGACCAAAGGCAAGGGAAAGAACCGUGUCAUCAAAUAACAAUCAGCGCUCCAAUCGCCCGGGCCGCCCGUCUGGAAUCUCGUCGGC